AUGUCAUCACCUGUUCCGAAUUAUCCUCCAAAUUACGGAUCAAUGAUGCAAUAUUUUUCUCAAACACCUCCUCUUUCUUCUACUCCAACGGGUGAUGAAAAUGUUCCAAGAGCAACUGAAUUUCCCGAAUUUUCUACCCAAAUAGGUCUUGGUGGCAUGAGCGGUGCUAGCGAACCCAUUUCUGACGCAAAUGAAUCAACUCAAGCUCGCCGCAAAAGCCCUAAGUGGAUAACCGAUCAAAAUUUGGUGCUACUUAGUGGAUUGAUUAAAUAUGGAACAGACGGUAUUGUUGGCAGGAACCAGAAAAGCGAAGCAUACUGGAGUAAAAUUUCUGAGUACUGUAAUGAGCAUUGCUCAUUUGAUCCUCCCCGUGAUGGAGCUUCAUGCAGGAAUCAUUUCAACUAUUUGAAUAAAAAGUUAAGCAAAUGGAGUGGCGCUUACAAUAACGCUAGGCGUAUGCAACAAAGUGGAUGGUCGGAGAAUGAUGUAAUGGCAAAAGCGCACGAAUUAUAUUCAAGUGGUAAGAAUGAACAUUUCAAUUUAAUGUCAGAGUGGCUUGCUGUUCAUGAUCAACCAAGCUAUAGUAGUCAAGUAGGAGGAAAUAUUGGCUCUACAAGUAGUGGAUCUAAGAGAUCCCGAGAGAGUGAUGCCAGUGAUUCAAAUAAGGAAGGUAUUUCUCCAUUAGCAAAAUGCACUACUGCCAUGCGAAUGUUAGCGUAUGGUGUUGCUGCUGAUGCGAUUGACGAAUAUAUCAAAAUAGGAGGUACUACAACAUUGGAGUGCUUGCGUCGUUUCUGUAAAGGAAUCAUACGGUUGUAUGAGCAAGAGUAUCUCAGAGCUCCAACUCAAGAUGACUUGCAAAAAUUUUGCAUGUGA